CUCGCCCUUCCUCACUUUUUUCAGCGAACAAAAAUCGAGUAAAUAUCCAGAGGGUUACGACUCGAUUCAAAAUUUCUCCUCAUCAACCUACCUACCUACCUACCACCACAUAAUAUUACAUCUUCUUCAUCACGCGCGUUCAAGUAACAUCACUCUAACCUCAAAUUUAGCUUGAAGUUGCCAUCAUGUCAACCGUCACGGCUUCUAUCACCGCGGUAGCUACCCAGCCUGCGGCACCUACCCAGCCAGCGGAACCCACCUCCAACGUUGUGGGUGUCAUCUGGGGACUUAUGUACAAGAAGUCUUUCAAGGAUGGCAUUAAAAAUCGUAUAUGCCCGCGUAAAGCUGAGAAGGAGCCUAAGCCGGCUGCUGACAUGCCUUCUCCUGACGACGAUGAAGGAACUCCACAGCCGCCACUACCAACAGCAACCCGACUUAUGAUUAGUUUCGAUCCCAUCCCAUCGCAACGUAUCAUUCUACCAACUGGCGUUACCAGCUUCGAUAUAUCGGAAGUCCUUAACAUCCGAUACCGCGUCAACCUAACCGCAAUCGAUUCCAAGGGUGAAGCUACUGGCUCGACCGGCCCCGGUUCUAAGUCCAAGGCUCGUUCCAGAGGUAAUUCCGCCUCCGGCAGUGGUGCUGGACCCGCCGGGUCGGCACCGACAAACCCGGGAUCUUCGAAUGGAAGAAUUAGUCUCCGUUCUCACAUGGGAUGGGAGCCGAUUACCCAAAACGGACAGCCGUAUCCCAGCCACGACAAUCGAAAUGUGUCGAGCCACAAGGUUGGGCCGGCGGUGACAAGUGACGCGCUCGACUGUGAUAUCGCUAAUGAUAUCUUCGUAUUCGAUCGCAAUGUGCUCGGCACCCUUGAACGUCCUAGCGGCUGUGACAAAGCUCAAGCCAUCGACAUCUUCCGAGACAAGGACAACAAGCGAGCGCAGGAGGGCCGAAGACUGAACAAGAAGGACAUGGUUCUAUUGCGCCCCAAGAACGUGGCAUUGAAUGUCAACGACAUCGGUUCCGUUUUGAUCUAUCUCGACUUGCUGGUACGAGCACGCCAAGACCCAGGCUUCACACGCGAUCUAGAAAAUCGAACCGUGACGUUCUUCUCCGGACCCGAGUCGUGUAAUCACGAAGAUUGCCUUCCCCUGCGAGAGGCAAUUGCUUCGGGCAAUCGCAUCCACGGGGCCAAGAAGAUCCUGGGACAUCCUUGGUGGAGUUUUGGCGACUUUUGCCUGCGCGACCCGGCGACCCACAUCACGCUCAGGGACUCGGUGCACAACGACGAUGAGAUGAGCGGCCCCUCGCUCCCCGCCAACGUGCGCAUGGACCCCGAGGAAGAGCGCCAGAUCCGAACAUGGUACCACGCGCUGCUCAACCACUUCCCCAGCGGCACGACUGGCACGGGCGAGGAAGCCGUGCCUUACUCGCAAUUCUCGGUUCUCAACUGGAAGGGCAAGUUCUCUCAUCUUGUGGACCAAGUCAACGCCUGCGUCGACAUCGAGCGCGCUACGGGAGACAGGGACUUGUUUACCACGUUUAUUGACCCGGUGGUGCUCGAAUGCGUUCUGUGCGGUCAACCUGGCUUUGCCUUAAAGCACUACACUAAUUCACCACUUCCGAAGAAUGCAGAGACCGGACUUAUGUACCUACACUAUAUGGACUGCGGCGGGGAGCACCUCGAAAAGUGUGACGAGCAGGGAAAAGGCAAGGGCAAAGAGAAGGAGGCUCCGAUCGAUCCCCAGGGUGCUGGUACUGAUGCUGGUGCUGAUGUUGGUGCUGAUGUUGGUGCUAUUGCUAGUACUAGUGCUAGUGCUAAUACUUCCGCCGAUGUUGGUGCUGGAGCUGGAGAUGAGAACGGCGUCGACAAUGCCAUUGGCAAUGGUGAUUGGAAUGGCGGCGGUUGGAAUGGCGGUGAUUGGAAUGGCGGCGGUUGGAAUGACGGCGAUUGGAAUGGCGGUGAUGGCAACGGCGGUGGUGAUUAUCAGGGUUAUGGUUUUGAUGACGAUGCCGAUUUCUAUUCGUGUUAGGAAUACCAUACUACGACUAAUACGGCUCAUUUCGGAGACUUAUCAUCGGCACGCUCUGAAUAUCCACAAAUGGUAACACCGCGCG